AUGCUUCUGGCCUUUCUACACUUGGCUUUGGUCGUGUGUUGCAUGGCCGUGGCGUGCUUGUCGCACACAUUGACUGACCUCAAACCGAUGGACAGCACGGAGCAAUCGAGGGAUAGGAGACGGGAGGAGUACGACGAGGAACACAUGGAGAGCGAUGCAGAGAGUGUGUAUGAGGAAAGGGGAAAGAGACCCGACUACGACCAUCCCAUGGGACCCGCACAACGUCACGACAGCACACAGCUAGACGAUGGCCAAGCCUUUCUGGAAGACACGCAGCAAGAACAGCGAAGCGUCAGGUUUGCCCCCAUCUACCAUCCCCCGUCCAAUACAGGGAAUCAUCGCAGUCCAGGCAAACUCAUCAUGCCUUCGGGCAAAGUGGUCAUUCUUCCCACCGAACAGCAACGCACACGCUCGCCUGACGGCCAAGCAUCUUCCAGCGUACGGAGGACGGCGAGAGAGACGGUUGCGUUGCCCCCGGGGUCGACACGGCCGAGGGCCGCAACGCCAGGUCCGAGCGACCGAGAGCCGAUCUUGUGGUCGACGCAACAGUCGGAAGGCUACGGGACGAUGAACGCUAGCAUCACCAAGUCGUGGCUGAGGGAACAGAGCAUCCGCGACGACGACGACGAUGACGAGGACGAGGACGAGGGCGAGAACGGCGACACGAUCGUGGCUGAGCCGACGCAGGUCCUCGACUUUCCUAGAUACAUCUGCGUUCCGGGGACUUCGAGUGAUGUGGAGUCACAAACCGAGGCGGACUUUGAUUGCCGUGAAUGGCUGCUCCCGAACGAGGUCAGUCACGGGGCAUUGUGGAAGGGGCUUGGGGGGGUUCUGAUCGUCUUCGUGCUGUACCUGGUCUUCCGGCCGGCAGGGACUGUGAAGACGUGA